AUGGCACAUGCCGUCUUGAUUGCGGCAAGAAAAUUAAGGUCAUAUUUCGACUCCCAAACCGUCCAACUACUCACUAAUCAACCUCUGGAAAAAUCUCUUCAUAAGCUCGAUACAACCGGCAGACUACUCAAGUGCGCAAUAGAACUAUCUGAGUUCGAUAUCGAAUACCGGCCUCGUACAGCCAUCGAAGCCCAAGCAUUAGCCGGCUUCAUUGUCGAAACUACUUACACAGAACCAUCAGGAUCCACCGGUGUCUGGAAAAUAGAGGCCGACGGUUCAGCAGCCCAGAGUGGAGCUGGGGCGGGAGUGUUUGGCUUCAAGGCGUCUAAUAACGAGGCAGAAUACGAAGCAGCCCUGGCCGGACUAAGUCUGAGCAUUGCGGCUAGAACCAAAAAAAUCCUCAUGACCACGGACUCGCAGUUGGUAUCGAGCCAAAUCGAGGGAACACAAGCCUGGGAGCCGGUUAUGCAGAAGUAUCGCAGUAAGGUGAAGAGCAUGACGGCGGGAUUACAGAGCUUUGAGGUCAAAUUAGUACCAAGGAUAGAAAACAUGGCGGCUGACGCCUUAUCAAAUCUGGCAAGCUCGACUGUCAGUGACAAGAAGCGAAGUGUCAUGGUCGAGACUCUGGGGGGAACGAAGCAUAGACACUCCAGCACUAGACGUCAACACCAUAGGCUAGAGCCUGGAAUGUUGUACAAGAAAGGGUUCUCACUCCCCCAACUAAGGUGCGUAACGGCCUAUGAGGCCACGAAGAUAAUAGAAGAGAUUCAUGAAGGAGUCUGUGGGAAUCAUAUCGGUGGGAGGGCGCUGGCACUAAAAGCAUUAAGAGCAGGCUUCUACUGGCCAAGUAUGUUGGCAGACGCACAGGCAUACGUCAAGAAGUGUGAUAAGUGCCAGCGGUUUGCACCAGUGAUAAACCAGCCGGCAAACUAUCUGCAGCCAAUCCUAAACCCAAUCCCUUUCGCUCAGUGGGGGAUGGAUAUAGUAGGACCUUUCACACCGGCAUCUGGAGGAAGGAAGUUCCUAAUUGUGGGUAUUGACUACUUCACGAAAUAG